AUGGCUGCUGAGUCAUUUUGCUACCUAAAUCAACAACUUCUGCUUGCUGGUGAUAUUGAACGCAACCCUGGCCCCCGCACACCUAAGUAUCCCUGCGGAGAGUGUACCAGGGCCUGCACCAGCUAUAAAGGUGCUAAAGCCAGCAUCCUGUGCGAAUCAUGUGAAGUGUGGUUUCAUUCAGACUGCGUGGGCCUAACAGACUCUGCCCUUGAUACCCUUGGGCGCAGUGAUCUCCCCUGGGAGUGUUAUCGCUGUGGUUUACCCAACUUUUCAUCUGGGCUUUUUGACUCAACAAUAUUAGAUGAGUCCAAUUACAGCGCUACAAACUCUGAGACCCACUCUUCAACGAGUUCCACCAGUUCUCACCAUCCAGGUUCCCCUCUCGCCAAAUCAUCACCCAACAAAAGAAAUAGCAACCAAACUAUCAAGAAUCUCCGCCUACUUGAAGUGAACUUCCAGAGCAUUUUUUCAAAGCGUGCAGAAUUCUGGAGUGUUCUUGACGCUACCAAGCCAGAUGUUGUUUUUGGGUGCGAAACAUGGCUGAAACCAAACAUCGCCAAUGGAGAAGUUUUCCCACCUGGAUAUGACAUUUAUCGUUGUGAUCGCAGGGACGGUUACGGAGGUGUACUUCUUGGCGUCCACAACAGCCUUAAUAGCCACCUGAUUACCAUCAAGUCAGAUGCAGAGAUUGUCGCUGCGAAGAUCAUCAACGAUAACCAGACCAUUGUACUAGCAUCUGUGUACAGACCUCCCAAAAAUGACCUCAAGUAUAUGGAGGAUCUCAAUAGCGCCAUCAGUCAUCUGUGCCAAGGUAACCCAGGUGCAGCAGUUUGGAUUGCUGUUGAUAUAAACCUACCAGAUAUCACCUGGGAAACCUACAGUGUCGCUUCCCAUCAAUACACACUGGCUAUAAAUGAUUCCUUCUUGAACCUACUUGAUACAGCUGGCCUUGAGCAAAUGGUCAAUUUUCCUACCAGGGGGGACAACACUCUGGACAACAUCUUGACCAACAGACCCUCCCUCACUAACAGAUGCUCGGGUCUCCCAGCCUUAAGCGACCAUGACAUGGUAUUCAUGGACGCGAACGCCCGCGCCUAUAGGAGGAAAUCAGUUCGGCGCAAGAUUCUGCUCUGGAAAAGGGCCGACCUUGUCACCACCCGCUCGAGAGUCCAUCAGAUGUCAGAUGAUUUCACUUCAAAGUUUACUACUUCAACGCCAGUUGAAGACCUUGCUACUGCACUGCAACUGGAGCUUGAAGAGAUCAUCAACGACUGUGUUCCAUCUAAGCUUAGCUCCACAAGAGUCAAUCAACCGUGGUUCAACUCUAAAUCAAAGCACAUCCUGAGACAAAAGGGUCGUGCCUUCAAGAAGGCUCGUCGCACAAACAAAGCCAGAGACUGGAUUCGCUUCAAGCGUUUAAAGAAGGAUGCUCUAAACAUCUGCCGAAAUUCCUACAACACGUAUGUCCAUGACAUCAUCCACAGCGUACCAGCAGGUUGUAGGAACAAGAAGUUGGGUGCUCUCGUGAAAGCCAAGCGAUGUGAUCUUAUGUGUUGCACCUCUGAAAGAAGGAGGCUUUCUACACACGGAUCCCAAGGCCAAAGCCAACAUUCUAAACCGGCAAUUCACAUCGGUUUUCUCAACUGA